GAAGGUGGUCAGUGACUCCGCUGUCCUGGCGUCGUGGGGGAGCUUGAAUGAAUUGGAUUAGCUUGUUUUCUCUAAGGCCACUAUUUAUUUUCCCUCUCUUUCACACUCUCUAUCCCCCUUUCAUUCUUUCCUCACAAGAACAUACUUAAAAGCCCCUGCUUAAUAUUUUUUUCUUCACAAAACCUAUCGUUUAAGUGUUUUUUAAAUGUUUUUAAGCCCUUUUACUUUUCUCCUCCUGGUUUCUUGAUACUUUGGGAGGUGUUGGUGCCAUCUGGUGUCGAAAUUCAGAACGUCCCAGAUGGUAACCUACUCAACUGAAGCUGUGGAUAUUAUAGCUGUGGAUAUUAUAAAGGGAUGGUUUGAGAUUUUGUAAAUGAAGCCCUGUAUCUACUACCUCAAGCUAGCUGUUCCUGUGUGCUUCCAGUCAUGAGCUAACUCUAGUUAGCAUUGUCUCGCACCUCUAACUUCCUUCAUACUGGACGCAUAGACAGAAUGGUAUCCCAGAGUUCAUCUGACUCUGGGGAAGUCGAUGGGCUUCAUUGCCAAAAUCUCAAACUAUCCCUUUAAAACAUGUGUGUGCACUGCCAACUUUACUCACUAAAGUUGUGGACUUGGCUUUAUAAGGCGUGUUCGUGAAGAGGUGGAAGGUCGGGUGUUCUGAGAAAAGUGUGUGUUUAGAUCUAUGCUCCAGACGAUGAUGAUGAUGAUGAUGAUCUUGAGGAAGAGCAUCCUGUGUUAAACAUAAAGAGACCAUCGAGGAGGUCGUCUCGUGGAGUCGACCAGAUGGUCCCUGCCAGCGAUGAUACUGAUGUCUCUGAGCUAUCAGCUGGUGAGGUAGUUCUUCCCCCUCCCAGAGAGGCAAAGACCAAGGCACCUCUGCUUCUGGAAGUCCCUAAGGAACCUAAGCCUAUACUGGCAGACAAGCCAAGCUCUAAGCCCUCUCCCUUACUGCAGGGCCUAGCCCAUGCCCAGUCCCAGUCGACUAGGACUUACCAUCAGGAGGUUGUUCUAACAGCCACGGCUGAGUCUCCCUCACCCAGACAGACUCAGUCUGUCCCUGACCGAGCCUUCCCCCUGAAUGUGAAUGCUGCUGUGCUCUGGGUCCCCAAAGGCAAACCCAGCAGCCCCCCAGUCAAGACCCCCAGCCACGGUGUCCCUGAAGGCCACAGAGGUCCGGAGAGCCACCGCUCCCUCAAUCCCAGGCAGACUAGUAGAAAGCUGUGCUGUGAGGAGGAUGGUGGUCUUCCUCUCACUCUGACUACUAAAGCUCCCAGUCAUGAGCCAACCUCCCUACUCAAUACAGCUCUUAUGGAGGAACCUGCACCAAGUGUCCAUGCUCCAGUAGGACAGAGCAUUAGACCCCUGAAACAAUGGCCUCUGGGGGUACUACAGGAAGUCUGCCCGCUCCUAGUAGCCAAGCCUUCCUCACUACCUCGUUUGUCUGGAAGUGACCCCUUUGCCUCCUUCACCGUCAGGCCUGUAAGCUACGUCUCACACACCCCCUCAUCUCCAUCUCCUCAAGUCCUGAAGGAACAACUGGAAUCCCUAUCAUCUCUCUCUGCCAAGUUUGACAUGCUGUCCAAUCGCUUUACUCGGGUGGAGAAGAUAGCAGCUGGUGAGCAGACACCCAGCAGGGUGGAUGAGAAGGAUGUCCUCAAGGAGAUGUUCCCCUACGAGACCAACACUCCAACAGGAAUCAACGCAACCUGUCGGCGGCCCAUCCGAGGUGCAGCCGGCAGGCCCCUAAAGUCUGGUGACCUGUGGACAGAUGAGACUCUCCUGCGUUCCACCUCUAACUCUUCCUACUCAGAGAGCCGCACCGCCACCGUCCACAGAGUCACCACCCUGCCCCCCUCCACCAGGCUGGUAACGUCAGUGACGCCCCCUGCUGGCAAGGCCGUAGCACCACCCCGUGGCCUGCCUUUCUGGCUGAAGCUGCUGCUCCUCAGCGUUGUAGCUGGCUUCAUAUUCUUCGUCUACCAGACCAUGGAGACCAAUGCUAUGGCCCCCUUUGGAGGGUCCUCCGAUUCCACGCAGACCAGUGACAGUUAGGUUAGCAAGUAAGGCUGGAUGACGGUGCUCUGGCAGCAUAAUGUUACUGCCACCAUUUUCAUCAUCGUCAUUGUCCCUCGCUUCCUUGGCAUUCUUGUUUUUUUUUCUUCCCUUGUUUCUGUCACUUAUAAUUGGUUAAAUGGUCUGGUAAGGUAGCCUAAUCUGUAUCAACACCUCAUGAAGACGACAAUGUCCAAUAUGAUAUAUUGAACCUUGAAGAUGACCACCGCUUCUCAUUCUGAAAUGACAAUACUGUCUUCUGUUUGUUUCAGUUUGUCCUUUUCCCAUCUCUGAGCCUGUGAGGCUGAGAGAAAGCCGGUCACACCACUCAUCUCCAGAUAACAUACAUACACCGAUACAAUGACUUCCAAAUUAUGUGAACUUGCUUUAUAUGGUCUAUUGUUUUAUUUCUCUGCAUGGUGUAGUCGUAUGAUUGCAUUUGCGUGAGUCUGUGCGAGAGAAUUGCCUGUGUGUGUCAGGUAUGUGUUUCACACAGUUUGCUUUUGUAAUGCUGUUAUUGAAAUCUAAUGCAGUUAUUAGCAAAAACAGUCAGGAAAAGACUGAAGGAAUUUCAACCAAUUUUAAUCAGUUUUUUCUUGAUCUAACAAUCUGUACAGCGGGUAUGUGUGUGACAGGGAUUCUUAAAACUCAUGUACACAUAUAGCUCUUGUAUGCCCCCGCACCGUUUUUUUUGUUUUUGUCUUUUAUUUGAUUGAAAUGGUCUAUGUAGCCUAAUUAAUAAUGUAUGUAUUCAUUGUAAUAAAUAAUGGAAUGUCCUCUCAAUAAAACUGUUGAUAUUGUAAUAUGUAAGGAUAA